AUGGCGGCCGCGGCCGGGGAGGCAGCGGGAGGCGGCGGCGGCUCCCCGUCCUCCGCCCGGCGGCGGCUGCGCAUCAUCUCCGGGCACCUGCGGGGCUCGCCGCGGGCCCCGGGGCGGGGAGCGCUCUCCCCGAGCCCCUGCAAGGCGCAGGGCGGCUCCGCCGGGCCGGCCUCAGGCUCCAUCCCGAAGAAGCGGCAAGAACUUUUGAAGUGGAAUGGAUGGGGAUAUAAUGACUCCAAAUUCAUCUUCAAUAAGAAGGGUCAAGCAGAAUUCACAGGAAAAAGGUACAGAUUAGGUGGUAUGGUAUUACCAACUUUUAAGGAAUGGAUAGAAAAAACCUUUGGAGCAAGUCUGGAGCACAAAACUACCUCUAGAGCAUCCUUAAAUGUUAAUGAUGUACCUCCAUCCAUUGUAAAUGAAGAAUUUCUUCAGGAUCUUAGAGCCACUAAAAUCUCAUAUUCCCAGGAUGCAGAAGAUAGGGUAUUCAGAGCUCAUGGCCACUGCCUACACGAGAUAUUUGUACUCAGGGAAGGAAUGUUUAAGCGAAUUCCUGAUAUAGUUGUAUGGCCUGUUUGCCAUGAAGAUGUAGUUAAAAUUGUGGAAUUAGCCUGCAAACACAAUCUCUGCAUAAUACCAUUUGGUGGAGGGACAAGUGUCUCUAGUGCCCUCGAAUGUCCUGAAGAAGAAAAAAGAACAAUUGUGUCCCUGGAUACAUCACAAAUGAAUCGGAUUCUCUGGAUAGAUGAAAAAAACUUAACCGCUUGUGUAGAAGCUGGCAUUGUUGGACAAGAUCUGGAAAAACAGCUUGCUGAAAGUGGCUUCUGUACAGGCCAUGAACCAGACUCCAUGGAAUUCAGUUCACUAGGAGGCUGGGUAGCAACACGAGCAUCAGGCAUGAAAAAAAACAUCUAUGGAAACAUUGAAGAUCUGGUGAUUCAUAUAAAGAUGGUAACUCCUAGAGGAAUAGUAGAAAAAAACUGUCAAGUACCUCGCAUGUCAACAGGACCUGAUAUCCAUCACUUCAUUAUGGGAUCUGAAGGAACCCUUGGAGUGGUUACUGAAGUUACGAUAAAGAUUCGCCCGGUCCCUGAGUAUCAGAAGUACGGCUCUGUGGUCUUCCCCAACUUUGAGCGAGGGGUGGCCUGCUUGAGGGAAGUGGCAAAGCAGAGAUGUGCUCCUGCAUCAAUUCGCCUUGUCGACAAUGCACAGUUUCAGUUUGGUCAUGCUCUUAAACCACAAGUUGCUUCCAUUUUUACAUCAUUUUUGGAUGGACUGAAAAAGUUCUACAUCACAAAGUUUAAAGGAUUUGAUCCCAACAUACUGUGUGUAGCUACCUUGCUCUUUGAGGGUGACAGAGAGAAGGUUCUUCAGCAUGAGAAGCAAGUCUAUGAUAUUGCCACCAAGUUUGGUGGCUUGGCAGCAGGAGAAGAUAAUGGACAGAGAGGAUACAUGCUGACAUUUGUCAUCGCUUACCUUCGGGACCUAGGCCUGGAUUAUUACGUAAUAGGAGAAUCAUUUGAGACAUCUGUUCCUUGGGAUAGGGUUUUGGACCUUUGUAGAAAUGUAAAGGAAAGGAUAGUACGAGAAUGCAAAGAAAAGGGUGUUCAGUUUGCUCCUCUUUCCACCUGUAGGGUGACACAGACUUACGAUGCAGGUGCAUGUGUCUACUUCUACUUUGCCUUUAACUACAGAGGAAUUAGUGAUCCUAUUCAUGUCUAUGAACAAAUUGAGAGGGCUGCUAGAGAAGAAAUACUGGCCAAUGGAGGAAGUCUUUCACAUCACCAUGGAGUAGGCAAAUUGCGGAAGCGCUGGAUGAAGGAGAGCAUCUCUGAUGUUGGCUUGGGAAUGCUGAGAUCUGUUAAAGAAUAUGUGGACCCCAAUAACAUCUUUGGAAACAAAAAUCUUUUAUAAAGCCCUGCACAAAUGAUGUACUAAAAAUUAAAAAUUACUGUUGAAAUUCUUCCACUUUCAUUGUAUUGAUAUCCCAGUAAUCAAAUAUAACAUAGACUAAACUUUCAAAACUAGUAACUUACAUUGAUUUUUGCUAUUCCCUUCCCCCUUCCCCCAAUAAAGUGUAAACAUCACUGUUAAUGUUUAUGGACUUUUACUUAACAAUGUUCCAGCCUACUGGGCACAAAGUACUAACCAGGAAAUGCAAAUCUGGGUUUCCAAGUUGGGCUAGGCAGCACAGCUGACAGUAUAUUCAGUGCUGGAUGCUGCCAGAUGUUUGUGACUUAAAGCAUCCCCCGCCCGGAGGACAAAGACUGACAACAGUGUUUUCGACAGAUGCAGCUGCACAGCCCAGCCUCUUGCUAAAGGAAAGCUGCUGAGACAGAUGAGAGAACACCAAGGAGUACCUCCCUGUGCUGCAUUAAGUAUGUAACAGACUUGUAACCACCAAAUACUUAAGAGUAUAAAUAUAGGCUUUCAUCAAAACAGACAGCGUAAGUCAAACUACUAAAAAUUCAGUAGUCUCUUACUGUAAUACUACUGGAAAAUCUUACACAAUUGAGCUGUUCUGAGUUGUAUUUGCAUUGCUGGGAUAAUCUUAAAUUAAUUGUAGGUCAGUCACUAAGUUUUGUACAAUGGACAUUUCUCACUGUAUGUUGAAAACAGGUUUCUAACAAAAUUUUGUGUUCAUCUGUACUUCAGUCCUAGUGUGUAUGGGUUUUGUUCCUGUUGUUUGUUUUGCACAGAUGCAAAAUAUCUUUUUCAGUUACUCAGAUGAAACUGCCCAGCACUGUCUUUUGAAACAGUCACAACAGUUUAAUAAAACACUUAAAUGGA